ACGGUAAAGAAACACUACCUUCUCCUCCUCCUUCUUCUAAAACCCUUCAUUGGUAUAUGCUAUAAGCAUCUUUUGCUGAUACCUUCCAAACUUCAAAUUCCUUUUUAUUUAUUUAUUUAUCCAUUAUUGCAUUUUCACAUCCACAUCAAACAAAUGUUAGCUUAGCUUCCAACUCAUAACAGAGAACACAACCUAACCUCUCCAUUCUAUUCGAUUCAACCAAACUAUGGUUCACUCUUCAACUUCUCUCAUUCACCAUAACACUCGCUUCCUCUUCUCCUUUCGUUCCAAAGCUUCAUAUUCACACUCACACUCACACAACUUCACAAAACACCUAUCUCCUUCUUCUUCUUCUCCUUUUCCUUCAUCUCUAUCAUCAUGUUGCCGCGUCGCGCGAGUCUCCACGGAGGCCUUGGAGUUAUCGUCGACUCCUCCGCCCGGAUUCAACUUCCGCCGCGAAAUCGCGACGCUCGGCGCUCUCCGGGAAAAGCUCGCCGGCUGCGACACUCUCGAGGAGAAGCUACGAGUGAUCGACGCCGAUUCCAGAGUUAGGCGGUUUUUCGGUUCCCGCCAACGGAAUGCUUGGUUUUCUAGGGUUUGUGAUGCUCUCCAAUUGGACUCUGAAGACUUGUUCUUGCUCAAGUGCUUGGUUGCUGCGGGGCAAGAGCACGUGCUGUGUUUGGGCGAAGCUGAAUCGUUGGAUUCGUCUGCGAAUUCAAGCUCCGUGAAGAGCGCGCUUUAUGCUCUGGCGGAGAUGAUCGAGAAUUUGGAUUCGCAUAGCGUCAAUGCCAGUGCUGGUUUUGGGAAGACAGGGAUGGCUUUGGAGGAUCAUGAGAUUCAGGACUUGAACAAGUUAUUAGAGACUUUGGCUGAAAUUGAGCGUUUCUAUGACUGCGUUGGAGGAAUUAUUGGAUAUCAAAUAACAAUACUGGAACUUCUUGCCGAAAAUUUUUUUGAGAGUCAGAAUGUAAACUUGUCUCAGCACAUGCAUGAAGUGAAACAAUGCCAAAUUAUGGGAAUCGAUCCACCUAAUGGGCUUGACCUUUCUGAAAGUACAGAGUAUGCAUCUCAAGCCGCUCUAUGGGGUAUAGAGGGUUUGCCAGACCUAGGUGAAAUUUAUCCUCUGGGAGGCUCUGCAGACAGGCUUGGUUUAGUUGAUCCUAGCACAGGUGAAUGCUUGCCUGCUGCAAUGCUACCAUAUUGUGGAAGGACUUUAUUGGAAGGUCUUAUAAGAGAUCUUCAGGCUAGAGAAUUCUUGUACUUCAAGUUAUAUGGGAAACAAUGUAUCACUCCUGUUGCAAUAAUGACAAGUUCCGCAAAGAACAACCACGAACACAUCACUUCUCUGUGCGAAAGACUUUCAUGGUUUGGAAGAGGUCGAUCAACUUUCCAACUUUUUGAGCAGCCUCUUGUUCCAGUUGUUGGUGCAGAAGAUGGGCAAUGGUUGGUUACCAAACCAUUCAGUCCCUUGAGCAAGCCCGGUGGUCAUGGUGUCAUUUGGAAACUUGCUCAUGACAAAGGCAUCUUCAAAUGGUUUUAUUUGCAAGGAAGAAAAGGUGCAACUGUGCGCCAAGUCAGUAACGUUGUGGCAGCUACAGAUUUAACCCUCCUGGCCUUAGCAGGGAUUGGUCUACGUCAAGGAAAGAAAUUGGGGUUUGCAUCCUGUAAGCGGAACUCAGGUGCCACGGAAGGAAUUAAUGUGCUGAUGGAGAAGAAAAGUCUUGAUGGGAACUGGGAAUAUGGUGUAUCUUGCAUUGAAUACACUGAGUUUGACAAGUUCGGAAUUACUGAAAAACCUCUUGCUACAAAAAGUUUGCAGGCAGAUUUCCCAGCCAAUACAAACAUCUUAUAUGUUGAUUUACCUUCUGCGGAGCUAGUUGGAUCAAGUAGAAAUGAAAAUAGUUUACCAGGAAUGGUGAUAAAUACAAGAAAGCCAAUAGUUUAUGUAGAUCAGUUUGGAAGACGCCAUAGUGUCUCUGGUGGCAGACUAGAGUGCACGAUGCAAAAUAUAGCAGACAAUUAUUCCAAUACAUAUUCAUCUAGGUGUUAUAAUGGUGUGGAAGAUAAGCUAGAUACAUUUAUUGUGUAUAAUGAACGAAGAAGGGUUACCUCAUCUGCUAAGAAAAAAAGAAGACAUGGAGACAAGUCUUUACACCAGACACCCGAUGGCUCUCUGUUGGAUAUCUUACGAAAUGCUCAUGAUCUUCUGUCACGAUGUGAUAUACGUCUUCCUGAGAUUGAAGCUAAUGAGCACUAUGUUGAUUCGGGACCACCAUUUCUCAUCCUUCUGCAUCCUGCUCUUGGACCUCUUUGGGAAGUCACAAGACAAAAGUUUUAUGGUGGUUCCAUAUCGGAGGGCUCUGAGUUACAAAUAGAGGUUGCAGAGUUCUUUUGGAGGAAUGUUCAGCUCAAUGGAAGCUUGAUCAUAAUAGCUGAAAAUGUUAUGGGCUCAAUGAAGACUAAUGAGAAUGGUGAAUCCAUACUACAUUAUGGGCAAAGGUGUGGAAGAUGUAAAUUGCAGAAUGUCAAGGUGUUAAACAAGGGAAUUGAUUGGAAGUAUGGUGGGAACAUAUACUGGAAACAUGAUGUGCAGCGGUCUGAGAUGUUGCAGAUCAUACUGCAUGGGAAUGCUGAAUUUGAGGCUACUGAUGUUGUCUUACAGGGAAACCACGUAUUUGAAGUUCCAGAUGGCUACAAACUUAAGAUCGUGCCAGGAAGCCCAGGUCUAGCAAUCCAGUUAGAUCCGAUUGAACAAGGUAUGUUGGACAGUGGAAGUUGGCACUGGAAUUACAAGAUAGAAGGUUGUCACAUUCAGCUAGAUUUGGUAGAAUCAUAGACCACUGACCACUUCAGAUGUUUCCUGCGUGAAUCAUGGUUCACAGCUUGUCUUGGAGUUCACCUUAAUAAUUGCGAUUACCAAAAUGACAGGUUGAACAAAUGUUAAACCCUUGUCACAUUUAGUUGUUUUAGGCUUUUAUUGUAAUAUGUCGAUAGCCUUGUAAAAUCCGUGUCUCUUCCUCCCCUGUAAUCUUCGAGUUUUCCUUUACCUUUUUUUUGUUUAUUUGAUUGGGGUGAUGUCCAUGUAACUGACAUUGUAACACUCAGAGGAAUUCAAGCAAUGAAUA